AUGGCCAUGCGAAGGCGGCGAGAUCCUGCGCGCAAGGUCUUGACCGUAGACGUCGGUCGUACAGGGGAGAGGGAAGUCCGCAAGAAACGUGAACAGCCAGGGCCAUUCGGUGGGAUGAACAUGCGACAUGUACCUCGCGAUUUGAUGCAGGCGCAAACGCAGCCAGCAGCACGUGCCAGACCAGAAUCGAGAGACGCCGCCGACAAGCCUAAGACUCGAUCACGGAACGACGACCGACCUCUUUACCACGCACUGAAGAUGCAGCAGACUCUGACGCCCAUGUCGUACAUACAGCGUGACAGGAUUAGAGCUAAACUUGAUAAGAUCGAGACUUUCGAAGAACUUGGACUGACGCCAGCCGUUGUCGAUGCCGUGUACUCGCAGGUAUUGCCGGGAUUGGAGACAUACACACCCACGCCCGCGCAGAAGCUUGCAGUUCCAGCUCUCCUAAAAGCCGAAGAGUCACAGCAGAAGAAUAGCGACCACCGCUACGAUACCUUUAUGCUGGCCGCAGAAACAGGGUCUGGUAAGACAUUGGCAUAUUUACUCCCAGUCAUCGAUAACGUGAAGCGACAAGAGGAGAUCGACAAAGUGGCAGAGGUAGCGAGAGAAGAGGAACAGAAGCAGCGACUGGCUACAAACGUCUUCGAGGUUGACCCUCACGAAGCUGAUGAGAAAGUGAGCCCAUCCAUGGGUCGACCCCGAGCCAUCAUCUUGAUGCCAUCAUCUGAGCUCGUCACUCAGGUGGGCAAGGUGGCCAAGCUUAUGUCCCAUACUGUCAAGUAUCGCGUGGAGGCUAUCUCCUCGGCCAACACGCCCACCGUCAUUCGCAGCAGAUUAUUCCGCCCAAGUGGUGUGGAUAUCGUGGUAUCGACGCCGCAUCUCAUCUCCAGUAUCGCAGAAAAAGAGCCAAACAUCCUCAGUCGCGUUCAAUACCUGGUCGUGGACGAAGCAGAUUCACUGUUUGACAGAUCCUUCAACGAAACGACCCAAGGCAUCAUCGAUCGAGCAGCGCCAUCACUGAAACAGCUCAUACUUUGCUCUGCCACCAUUCCUCGAAGUCUAGAUAAGUAUAUGGACAGGACUUAUCCAAAUGCGAGGAGACUGGUCACGCCAAAGUUGCACAGCAUUGAACGCAGAGUGCAGCUGGGCAUGGUGGACAUCGACAAGCCACUGUAUCGUGGCAAUCGAGAUCUAGCGUGUGCCGAUGUGAUCUGGACGAUUGGCAAAGCUGUACACGACGACACGUCCAGCCAUCAUACGGUCAAGUGCAUGAUGGUAUUUGUCAACGAACGGGAACGAGCCGAAGAGGUUGCCAAGUUCCUGGCCAGCAAAGGAGUGGAUGCUGUCCCCUUUACGCGCGACACCUCUGAGCAGAGGCAGAACGAUAUUCUUGACGCCUUCACGUCGUCGACCCGCUUUGUGGGAAACGAGAAGCCUGCUCAAGACAAGAGCCAACGCAACUUUCGGGACUUUGUGCCCUUGGAAGGAGGCCGGACAGAGCAGAAUACGGGACCAUCACGACAUUUGCCCAACGUGAAGGUGCUUGUAACAACAGACUUGGGCUCACGUGGCAUUGACACCUUGGCGGUGCGCCACGUAAUCCUUUACGAUGUACCACAUACGACAAUAGAUUUUAUUCAUCGCCUAGGACGACUUGGGCGAAUGGGCAGGCGUGGUCGAGGCGUGGUGUUGGUGGGUAAACACGACAGGAAGGAUAUCGUGCGCGAGGUCAGAGAAGCCAUGCACAAGGGACAGGCUCUGAUCUAG